AUGAUGGCACAAGACGUGGCAGAUCCAAUAGCAUGUCGACUGUUUCCAACAACCAUGAAGGAGACAACACUUAGAUGGUACUCAGCGUUACCAUCUAAUUCGGUACAAAGUUGGGAGGACUUGACCAACCAAUUCCUCGUACGAUUUGCAACCAGCAAGGCCCAAUACAAAUCUACACACGCGCUAAAAACUGUACGUCAAGGAUCAAAUGAAACUUUGCACGAUUAUCUGAACAGAUUCUUUGAUGAAGCACUCUUGGUCAGAGACCUGGAUCCACAAGCCUCACUACAUAUCAUCACAGAAGGAUUACUUGAUGACCCUUUCUCUAUGGCCGACACAGAUAACUUUGAAAAAGAUGUCCAGAAGAAUUUUCAACGAAAAUUCUGUGAAAAGAUAAAAUGGGGAAGAUACGACAAUUACACCCCUUCAAAUACGUCCCAAAGACGGAUUUUGAAAGAAGUAUUCCAAACAGGGUAUGUACGGGUUAACAAGCCUCCCCCAAUGCCAAAAAGAGUUCAGCGCGAUGAGACCAAGUUUUGUGAGUUUCACAACGACAAAGGACAUAUAACUGAAAAAUGUUUCGCGCUCAAAAAUACUAUUGAGGCACUCAUAAGAGAGGGAAAACUCCAGGAAUUCGUCUCCAGCUACAGGGAAUACAAGACGCAAAGAAGAUGCGAUAGAAGCCCAGAUCGCGACCCGAACCCUAAUGAACAAAGGGCACAUCCUAGGAGAAACUAUAACCCAGCUCGUAACAAAGAUCGAAGAAAUGACAGAGAGGCUUCAACUGACAGACGUCAAGGGACUCCACCGCGAAACAGAUAG